AUGAUCCCACUUGAAGAUAGAUUUUGGUCUGAGGGUCAAAAUCACCUUGGCGAUGGUAUAAAUGCUUACUGCAAUGUCUGGGAUUGGGAUCAAUUGCGCAUGAUAAAAAUAAAAGGCACACCGAAGGUGUUUCCGAUUGAUAAGGAUAAAGAGGUCGCUAUUCUGGCGCAAUUUGCUGAUUAUCUAUCUCCGGAAGUUCGCGCGGUUGAGGUUGAUAAUGAUGGACUCAUCUGUGGGGUCUCAACAGACCCAGAGGAAGAUGAGACAGUCUUCAUUGCUUAUCCUCCAUAUUCAACUAUUGAAUCGCUGGCUGGAUGUCGCACAAUCAAGCAUUCCCAGCUGCAAGAGCUCGAUCGGCUUGCACCAUUUGUCGACCUUUCAUCAUACAAAGACGAGAAUCAGAAUACCCGAAUGGUUGCCUUCAAAUUCAAUGUUUUGGAAAAACCACUAAGAGUACGAAUGGCUUGGAACGAAAUCAACCUUCUCAGAAGUCUACCACCGCAUCCUAAUAUAGUACCAUUUGAUAGCGUCGUCCUCGAAGACGUGGAGUCUCGUGUGAUCGGGUUCACAACGAAAUACAUCCCAGGUGGCAGUCUCAGCAACCCAAAGACACCUUUUCGAUUCGAGUGGUUAAAACAACUUACUGAGGUCGUCGAUUUCCUGAACCUAAACCUGGGAAUCAUGCAUCAAGAUAUUGCACCGCGGAAUUUAAUGAUCGAUCCCGACACACAAAAGCUUCUUUUAUUCGACUUUGAUAGGGCCGCAUGUGGAAAAGUAUGGUUGAUGGACAAUCGUGAUGACGUUAGUGGUGUAGUGUACGCUGUACAUGAGCUUAUAACAAAUGACUCAUACUUCACUGGGAUACCCCAUUGGGAACGACAUAUGGAUAUGGUUCAGAAUAUCCCAGAAUGGGUCUGCAAUCGUGAACUGGAUGCUGACGUCUCUGUAUUCCGCGAGUUUCUGGAUGAAUGGGUACGGAAACGACAAUCUGGCGGCAUCAUGGAACAAUAUCUCAAAGCGCCUAACCGACCUACUUGGCCGGAAGAGCCACCUUCUGUAUCUGAUUACGACGUUCCUUGGCAAUUUGGGAAAACGAUGGAUGGAGAGCCGAUGUACAGACCGGGAGUACGAUUGAGACGCAUUGCAAUGGAACUUGGGCAAUAUUGCUUUCGAUGGGAGAGACCACCGCAGAGCAUAUUGUCAAAAAAGUCUCGCGAGGAGAAUGCGGAUGGAAUUGACCAGAAAGCACACAACGAUGAUUAA